AUGGCCAACGACAAGGGGGACAGUGGGCCUUCGGCCAUGGCUAUUACCGGCAACAAGAUCCCAUUCUGGCGUCUGUUGACCGACCAAGGCGUGGUAACUCAGGAAAUCCUCGAUCAUCAUUAUCCUGGAUCCGGUACCGAUGAGGAUCCGUAUGCAGUCACUUGGCUCCCCGAGGAUCCCCGGAACCCCAUGCAGUUCAGCGAGACGAAGAAGUGGACUUUCACCAUGAUGAUGGCGCUCGCAACCUUGGCCGUCGCCCUUGUGUCAUCGGCCUACACUGGUGGUAUUGUCGAAAUCGAAGAAGAAUUUGGAAUCGGUACCGAAGUUGCGACCCUUGGUGUCUCUCUUUUCGUUCUUGGUUUUGCUAUUGGUCCGCUCCUGUGGGCACCGCUGUCGGAAAUGUUUGGCCGUCAAAUCGUGUACUGUGUCACUUACAUGGCGCUCACGGCGUUCACUGCCGGUGCUGCUGGUUCCAAGAACGCCUGGACCCUCAUCAUCCUUCGUUUCUUCGCUGGUUCAUUCGGAUCGUCGCCCAUGACCAACGCUGGUGGUGUCAUCGCCGACAUGUUUCCUGCCAGUCAAAGAGGUGUUGCGACAAGUUUGUUCGCCGCUGCUCCUUUCUUGGGUCCCGUGCUCGGCCCUAUUAUUGGCGGAUUCCUGGGAAUGAAUGCCGGAUGGAAAUGGGUGAUGGGUUUCCUGGGUGCCUUCACUGGCCUUGUCUGGAUUCUUGGAUCGUUGACUGUCCCGGAAACUUACGCACCGGUCCUUCUUCGUCGUCGCGCAGAGAAACUGACCAAGCUUACCGGAAAGAUCUAUCGCAGCAAGACCGACAUCGAUCAGGGCAAGACCACCCUUGGACAGGCCUUCAAGACUGCGCUGUCCCGCCCCUGGAUCCUGCUAUUCAAGGAGCCGAUCGUGUUCCUGCUUUCUCUCUACAUCGCCAUCGUCUACGGAACCCUCUACAUGCUGUUCGCUGCCUACCCUAUCGUCUACGAGCUGCACCGUGGCUGGAACCAGGGAGUUGGCAGUCUUCCAUUCUUGGGCAUCAUGGUGGGUAUGAUCGGGGCUGUGGUUUACAACAUUCUCGACAACAAGCGGUACAUCCGUGUUUCUCAGAAGCACGGCGGCUUCGCACCCCCAGAGGCUCGCCUGCCCCCAUGUCUGAUUGCCUCUGUUGCGAUCCCGGUUGGUCUCUUCUGGUUUGCCUGGACAGACUACGUGUCUAUUCACUGGAUGGCUAGUGUGGCCGCUGGAGUGCCCUUCGGCUUUGGCCUCGUGCUGGUAUUCUUGAGUAACCUGUCUUAUCUCAUUGACACCUACACCAUCUUCGCCGCUUCGGUCCUGGCCGCCAACUCCGUUCUGAGAUCUAUCUUCGGUGCCGUGUUCCCUCUUUUCACGACCUACAUGUACAACGAUCUUGGUAUUCACUGGGCUACCUGUAUCCCGGCUUUCUUGGCGCUUGCCUGUGUUCCGUUCCCCUUCAUGUUCUACAAGUAUGGACCCGCCAUUCGCAAGCGCUGCAAGUAUGCUGCCGAGUCCGACGCUUUCAUGCGACAGAUGCUGGCGCAGCACAUGAAGAAGGCCGAGGUCGCACCCGAAGAACCUCAGGAGGAAGCCAAGGAGGAGCAUGGAUUCGACCGCACCGAAGCCCCGGCCGCCGAGAUCCUUAGCGCUGACUCCGAAUCGAGCCACAACGAGAGAUUGACGGACCUGCACCGCACUCGCAGCAAGGCCUCCACUCAUACGGUCAACUCCGUGCGCCAAUCGCUUUACGAGGGUAACCCCUACGACAUUGACCGGGUUCACACUCGCGAGUCCUUCAAAGCUUGA